AUGACGAAAGGUGUACACUGGGCGGAACAUUGUCACAUUAAUUGUUUUGCAGCCUCGGUUUAUCGUCAAGGUGACAGAUUGUUGGACAUUCCCUGCAAGGUGUGUGGAGACAGGUCUUCGGGCAAGCACUACGGUAUUUACUCCUGCGACGGAUGCUCGGGGUUCUUUAAGCGCAGCAUCCACCGGAACAGAGUGUAUACUUGCAAGGCUACGGGGGACAUGAAGGGCAAGUGUCCUAUCGACAAGACUCACCGGAACCAGUGUCGAGCCUGUCGACUCAACAAGUGCUUCGACGCUGCCAUGAACAAGGAUGCAGUGCAACAUGAACGGGGGCCUCGCAAGAGCAAGAGUAAAGACAGCCCACUAGCGGGCCUCGGAAGCAUGCUUCACCCAGACCACUACCCAUCCCAGGACCAGUCUAAGGUGCCCCCGCUGCUCUUUCCGCCUCCACCAAUGCCCUCGCUCAAGCACCACGCCCCUCAUAUGUUCCCCGAGGGUAUCCUGGCGCCCACGCCUAUCUUCAUGCCCCAUGUGCCCACGUCCCAGCCCCAUGGGCUCCUCCAUAUGCUCUCCUCAGCCGAAAAAUUCCAGAACGGCAAGCUACCCAUCACGAGCAUGGCCGGAGGCGGAGGCUUGUCAGAGGUAGCUAUGUCCCUACCACAGGCACCUACUUUGCUGCCUUUCGCUCCUUCCUGGGACAUAUUUCAGUGUGUGAUAGUGAAGGUGUGUUAUUCUCUUCCACAGUGUGUGUUAGUGGAGGAGUCUUGGAAGGAGCUGUUCCUGGUGCAUCUAGCUCAGUGGUACCUCCCACUCGACCUCAGUGCUCUCCUCCAGUCCCCAGCAGCACACUCCAGGCUUGGCAGUGACGAGCGGACAGCCCUGGAGCUAGCUACUAUACAGGAUGUGUUGAGACGCUUCCGACACCUGUCUCCCGACAACACAGAGUGUGGCUGCCUGAAGGCAGUCGUCCUUUUCAAACCAGAUGCUAGUGGCCUCGUAGAUGUCCAUCCCGUAGAGAUGCUGCAGGACCAGGCACAGUGCAUUCUUAGCGACUACAUCAGGACGAGGUUACCGAGGCAGCCGACUCGCUUUGGACGACUCCUGUUGCUAUUGCCUGGGCUGAAGACAGUGCGAGCUUCGACAGUGGAGGGCCUCUUCUUCAAGGACACGGUGGGAGACACGCCAAUACACAGGCUCGUCCUCGAUAUGUACACCAUGGACAAAAACGACCAGGGAGGGGUGUGAGUAGACUCACCCCUCCUCCCGAACGUGUAGAGUGUAGAGCCUGGAGUGUGGAGACUGGAGUGUGAAACCUGGAGUGUGGAACCGGGAGUGUGGAGCCUGGAGUGUGGAGACUAGAGUGUGGAGACUGGAGUGUGGAGUCUGGAGUGUGAAUCUUGGUCUCCAGCUCGUGAUCUCCAGUUAAUCGGCUUCUGAGCUCCGGUUCUCCAUCAGCUUUUGUUUCCCGGUUCGUCAGUUUCUGAUCUCCGGCUCAUCAUUCCUAAUUUCAGAAAAAAUCGUGUUCUGGAUGGAGACACUCUGAGGCUGCCCUCAACCUGCCAAAUCCUACAUGUCGAGGCUUCAGUUCCUGAUGUCCGACUAAUCAACUUCUGUUCUCCGGGUAAUCAGAUGCUGGUUGGAGUUUGCCUGAUGUUUGCCCCUCAGCUCCCCGAAUCGGUAAACGAGGCAACGAACCAACAAAUAGACGACAGACGCAUAAAACAACGUAAGACGUUGUUGUCGUUUUGUCAUUUGAAAUUCGCGUGUUAAACACACCUUUCCAGUGAUAUGCGAGUUGAGAAGCUUUGACGAGAACAUUAUCAAAAUAUCGGACGCAUGUAACGCUGAAUCAGUUGUAGUAAAUAGUACACAAAGGGGAAAAAACUCAGAAUUUUUAUGUUUGUACCUAAUCUCUUAGCAAAGAGAAGAUUCAGUGGAGAGCAGGACCUCGAGCACUAUUAUUCUUUGCUUCAAGUGAAGAUUAUAACAAACCUGAACGUGUUUAGCUCAGGAAAUAGUGUUACCAGGGACAAGGAAUAAAACGAGGGGAGUUUCUUACAGCCUCUAGUACAAGCUAUGCGCUGUACGAAAGGCAAGACCACAGCUUCUCUCAUGGUCAUCUUCCUCAACAGUACUCAAACUAAUCACGUCCUGGUUGCAGUCCACACUUCUCUAACAAUCUUAAGCUUUACAUAUCAAUGCACAUAAGCUAAUUUUACAUUAAAUCUCUUCGGGUCUACAGUUAUUAUAUGUAAUUCACGCCUAGCCAAAGAUGAGCCACUGUCACAUUAAAGUAUUUUCACAAACUGUUUGGUUGCAGUGGAAGUCAAACCAGACGUGGAAAAUAUCAACACACUAACCACUUCAAACAUCUGCGUAAUAUGACAUGAGAAGAAAGAGAAACAGAGGAAGUUUGAAGGAGAGACUAAAACAUAUUCCACGCACGAGUAUCAUUAAAGAUCUAUCGUAACUCACAGUCCAAGAGGACUUUCACUUGCAACUUUAUAGGCAUGACCCUUCUUCUUCCUUCCUGGAUAGGAAAAUGUAGAAGGGGAUGAUGCAAGGAACUAUCCCUUGUUACAGUACACCUGUUAUCGCUCUAGAGCAGUGGUCCUCAACCUUCCUACAUACAUCUGAUGCUCAAAUAUGUGAUGAGGGCCGCACAGCUUUGUUGACACCGUGCAGUGUGGAACCAACAUGUGAGGGCUGCAUCCAUUUCCUAAAAGAGGCACAUCCGGCCGCAGGCUGCAGGUUGGGGACACCCUACUCUAGAGCAAUUAAAAAAAUCUUCUUUAGUUUUGGUAUGGUAGCAACUACUACGAGAAAAUCUAAUGUCAUCAUCUGUGUCCAGUUGUGGUCACUACAACUACGAGUUACGAAUGCUCAGCUACACAUUCCUCGAUUUUCUACAGGGAAGAGAAGACACAUGAAUCAUCAAUGAAUGUAUUGUAUUUAUGUUUUGUCUCCUUGUUAUUGGUAAACUUCUUAUUUUGGUUUGGCGAGAGAAAUGUCCUCUUUUGCGUGACGCAUGGGCAAGCCAAACGGCACAUAUAAUUGUUUUUCACCUCUACCUGAGAGAUAACAUUUAUUCUCUGUCUCUCUCUCUCUCUCUCUCUCUCUCUCUCUCUCUCUCUCUCUCUCUCUCUCUCUCUCUCUCUCUCUCUCUCUCUCUCUCUCUCUCUCUCUCUCU